GACAAAUCACAGUAAAUUGAGAAGGUGCAAUAAGUGAAAAUGGACGAUAGUGAGCAGUUUACAAAGUUUCGUAAUGAGGAUAACACAAAAGUAUUUCGUGUUGCAACCGAAUGGAACGAUCCCUCUUUUAAACUCUCUGUACUUGUCCAGUCAUCGGCCUGGAUUGCCACAAUAACGGAAAACCAUAUUAAUGAUUUGGCUGAACAGCACGAAAUUGGGCCAAAUGUUUACUUUGGCAAUCUGAAGAGGUACUUUUGUCAUGACCAGUCGAAUAUUACCGUCGAUGUCAAAGAUAAACAGUUUAUUUUAUAUCGCAGCACUUCAAAUGAAAAAUUACGCAUUAAAUACUUUUUUGUAAAUUUAGAAAAGAUAUCAUAUGAAAAUGCGGUUGGAUUAUUUAUAGACAGUUUAGUAGCGAAAUAUAAUGGAGCCUUGAGUUGCAUAGAUACAAUGCAAGCUGAGAAAAUUGAAGCGAUAACACAGAAGCUUCUGCUAGAGAAACGAUGUGAGGAGUUUGCGGAAUUAAAACGUAAAUCUGACCUUCAGAUGUAUAGCGCAUUUACUUUGGUAUUAAAUGAAAAGAAACAUCGUAUUCGAUUUCUAACAGAAUUAUUAGACUGUCCGAAUAAGAAAGUCGUUGUAACAAAUAAAAAUGAAGAAUUAAGGGGUAACAGUAAAUUUGUUAACGGUAGAAAACAAGAGGUGUUAUCAGACUCAGAGUCAAAUAAAAGCGUGGAAUAUAACACAGAUGAUGAAAAACCACCAUUACCAAACGAUUUUGAAUGUAAACCUAGUACUUCAAAAGGUGAUUACGAUUUUUUGGGUGGCGAUUCUCCUCCUCCUUUACUACCUAAACGAGUAAAAAUCGACCCAAGUAUUGCACAAGAUGUAAAUAAAAUAGUAAGUCAUCAUGCGGCGCCAAAAGUUAAAACCACACCAGUAGAAGCAGAGACUACUCCUAUGUCGGAUGAUGACGAAUCUAAUUUCAACACUCAAGAACUUCUGGAUAGAAUGUGAUACUUUUUUAUUGAUAUGUGGCAGUUUAAGAGAAAUUUGAAUUGUAAAAUAGAAUUGUACAUAUACAAAGUUCUCACAAAAAUGAUAUAUUGAUUCAUUCA